GCUUAUAACGUUAAAACUUUUCAUUAAAACUGUAUGCCUCUGCACUAAUCGAGAAUAUUAUUCACUUUGGAAUUAAUAAGUUUAAUUGAUUUUGCGAGGUAUCAGAUCCAGCAUAUUACUCAAAGUGUUAAUACUUCAAACUAUGUAAUUUUUUGUUGAAUUUUUACAAUUUACCAUAAAAAAUAUGUUGUUAUUAUUUGCAAUUGAAGAAUUGGCAACUUUGAGCAUGAAUGACUGGUGAAAUCCAUCAUAUGUGGUUUAUUUGCGGCGAAUUCAUUAUUUCCAGUUUUCAACAAAAUCUUGAACUGCUUCGUUAACUUAUUUUAGUGUUCAAUAACGACUGAAAUAAAAUGUUUAAAAUAAUUAAAACUUGCUUUUUACAUGGUAGCCCAAUUCCUUGAACUUUAGUACGUUUUAAUUAACAAUAUGUAUUAAUAUAUACAAUACGUUAUAAAUUUAUUUGCUUACUAAUGUCUGCGGAAAAAAAAAUUAAAAAACAGGCAACACUGUAUAUUUCACUUUAGCAGCUUGCAGAAAGGGCUUUAUCCCGCGUGAAUUUAUUUAUCGUCAUUAAAGAAACUAAUAAUUCUAAUUUUAUAAAAGUUUCGUAAAAUGCCUAAAACGAAGAAAAGAACUAGCAGUUCAUCUAGCAGUGAUUCUGGACCAGACGACAGAAAUGUACCACCGGUUAAAAAAUCCAAAGUAAGUUCUGAUAAGACUGGUAGUGGAUCCAGCAAUAAAGAUGCUAAUAGCUCAGGAAACCCAAAUGGGCCUUGGACAAUUGAAAAAUUGCGUCAGGUGGGUAUAAAUGAGUUUAAAGGACGUAAAAUGGUGGACAUUCGAGAAUUUUACGAGAAAAAUGGUGAAAUCUUGCCCGGUAAAAAAGGAAUAUCUCUGUAUCCCCAUCAAUGGAAAAAAUUGCUGGAACUAGCUCCUGAGGUGAAUAAAGCUUUGGGCGAUUAACCAACACCAACCACAUUAAUCGAUCACCAGUAAAAUUGUAUUUAUUAAUUUUUAUAUGUAUGUGUAUAAAAUAAUAUAAUCAAAAAAACAUCGUUUCAAUUAGACAUUGAUAA